AUGCCAGACCUUUUUACUUCACACUCCUGGUGUUUGGAUCUCCCGUUCGUCAUUUCUAUUUCAGCUCUCGUGUGUGGAGCCGCGCUGUCAAAUCCGUCAACGUCAUACAGUGACAUCGGUGACCGUGACACCUACAACCAGGCGUUAUGGUGGGGGGCAGCGCAUCCAGGCGAUCCUCCUGGUACCAAUGGUUGCUUCUCAAGCAAUCGCACCUUUGAGACCUGCUGUGUAAGUUGGACCGGGGAGCUUCCAACAUGUUGGGAAAAACAAGGGGCCCAGAUGGAAAGGAUGGAAGGGAGCAACCUCACCUACGAUGCUUGUUGUGUGGCAAAACACCAUUGGGCCCCGCGAUCAUUCUCCUGUGAUGGGAAGAGCAUGUACUGGCAGCGAUUGUAUCAAACGUUGGCUCUCUUUCGAGUCUUUACAGAGUUGCAUGAGACGCCAUUGAACCAGGCUUCUCCGCAGGAAUGCUUGGUUGGUGGUGUCCUUGCAAGCAUACUGUCUUUGAUUCAUAUUGGAUACGACCGGCAGUAUCGCACGCAGGAGCAAAAAGACAUGGAUUAUGAACGGGCUGAAGGUUUGUUGCUGGUGCUCUUUAGUAGUCCAGUAACCUUAGAAGAGGUCUUGGUUUCCGGUUGGCCGUUGUUCCUGUCACUGGACCUCUUCCGUGCUGAUGAGGGCUUUCUGCAGAUGGCACGACAGCGUUUGCCCCUGCAAACACCUGGGGAACACACCCUGAAGUGGAGUGAAGUGGUGGUAAAGUCCAUCCAAAAUGGACAAGGAAGCAGGAUAGCUAUGGAACCCGUGAUCCGGCUUGGGAACAGUAUCACCAAGUCGGGAGAUGUGGCCCUUGCUCAACUGGUGCCAAUUCUAACAGCGCUAGUGGAGUACCACAACCUCCGCAACUUUCAGUGUCCACGCUCUGAUCAGGGGGAGGUGAUUGCUCUAGCUAUGGAAGCAAAGCGUUUGAUCACCUUUGUGGAUACUCAGCUGCGGCAAUGGAUGAUCGCAGUCAAGCGUCCGCUCUCGCUGCUUAUUAGCCUGAAACUUCCGUUGGUAAACCUUCUGCAGGCAGUGUCGUGGCCUGCAGUUGUGCUAACAGAUCCAGGAAAAGUUCUGCAGACCAGUGUUCACUUUCCUGGGGCGCUGCUUCUGAAGAGAGUGCCAUUUUACAAGGUGCGAGAACUUCCAUUGCUCGUGCAGCAUGUUCAUCCAGGAUUCGAUGCUGCCAGCAACAUGGUCCGCGCCACCGCCCAGCCCAUGUGUUACCAGGAGGGCUUUUUGCAACUGAUUCUCUCCAUGGCCUCCAUGGCCUCCAGCGGCCCCAGCAGCCCCAGCAGCCGCCGGUUGCGACUGUGGGAUGUGGGUGCCAGCUAUGGCGACUGCCUCCUGUGGGCUGCUGCUGUCUUGGAUCCCCUUAAGGAUCUGGAGCUACGGGGCUUCGAGCCGUUACCCGCCCAGGCCCUGGCGUUUCGGCAGUCGGCGCAGGUCGCAAGGGCUCAGGUGACAGUGGAGAAUAUGGCCCUGCGGGAUGAGAGAGGAACUUUGGACAUUGGCUUUCCAAGCCAUUCCAUGGCACUGGCCACCUUUCAAAGUUGUCGGAAACAAUAUGAAGUCCCUUCAAAUAAUGAGUACCAGUGCAUCUCAAGAACUACGACCUCUGAGACCCUGGAUGAGUACUUGAGGAGACUGGCACCCGUAGAACUGGUUGAUCUUCUCAAGGUGCACGUGCAAGGCGACGAACUUUCUGUCUUACACGGUGCAAAUGCCUCCUUCACAUCUGGCCGUAUUUGUGGAUUGCAUUUGAACCUGGAGCACUUUUAUCUCACUCCUGGUGCUGCACGGAUGAUCUCAAAUCUCUUGCGAAGAUCAGGCUUCAUCGGCGUUCUGGUGAAUCUGUGGGAUGUGCGGCCUGUGAAUUUUCUGAACUUGAAAUCAGCCAUGGUCCGAAGGCAGCCGUUUUGGCGCCGGGGCCAGCGUCCAGCCCCAGAAGAUAUGACCCAUGAACUCUUGGCGUGGAGUACAACAGAGGGUUGUCGCGACAGUCUGGUGGUCAAUGCGGCACAAAAGCUUUGGACGGCCCAGGCAGACGAGCAAGCUCAAGAGAUCGAUUCGCUGCAGGAGCAGCUGCAGUCCGCUUCGCGCGCCACCACUGCGCCCACCUCAAGGGAGGCCUUGGAUGCGGAACCCUGGGCGACGCUCACAGGAGAUGGUUGGAGACAGAAGCCGUCGAUGACUCUUCUGGAAGAGCGUUCCACUCGGCAGCUGGAAGAGGUUCGACAUGCUGCGCUGCAGAGUGAAGCCCAGAUAUCCAGGCGCGGAAAGGAGGCAGAGGCUCAGAAGGAGUUGGAAGAGCAGAGAAAUCUUGAAGCGGAGCUGCAGAGCGAAUUGCGCGCUGCUGAGGUUGAACUGGCCAAGAUUGCCGAGGAGGCGAACAACAAGAUUGAGGCAGCCAACCUGCGUAUCCGAUCUCUGCGGCGGGAGCGAGAGGAGGCGAACAAUGCGCUGGAAGAGCGACGUCAAGGAAACCAAAAGCUGCAGGCCAUGCUGGAGGAGAUAGAGCAGGAGAAGAGUCAGCUGAUGGAGCAGAAGGAGGCGUUGAUUCGCAUCGUGGAAGACUUGCAUAGCUCCUGCACCCAAGCAGGGCUUCCGGCCACAGACCGUGCGUCAAUUGAUAGCAUUACCGGCUUCAAAAUGCCGAGCUGA